GCCCGCUCUGCCUCCUCCCCCCACUGCUGCCGACGUGGCGGGGCGGGGAAGGGAAGGAGCCGGGGGCGCGCCGGUCGGGGCACUACUGAGCGAAUUUAAAAUGUCUGAAGAUCUAUCUGAUGGCACCCCAUCUGAAGAAAAACCUGAAGUAAUGGAAAUGCCCAGCAAUGAGGUAUUGCCUCAAGAAUCAGUACCACGCCUUGUAGAAGCUGAGAUCUUGCAUGAGUCUUCACAAGAUCAACAUGAACAGGUCACUCAGAAUGUUAGUAAUAGAAAGGAAGGAGACAUAGUCAUUAAUGAAAGCCCUUUGACUGAAAAGCUCAUUGAAAGCCUGCCUUCCAGCCUGCCUUCCAGUGAAGAGACAGCUGAACACAUGCCCACCGAGUGCAUUGAAACUGUAAGCCUUGAUGCAGAACCUGAAUUGGAAGAAACGCUGCAGGAGCAAAGCAAUCCAGCUGCAGACUCCUCAUCUAAAGCAAGUAGAUGGGGAGCUUGGGGUACCUGGGGAAAGUCUCUCCUGUCAUCAGCUUCUGCCACAGUGGGUCAUGGGAUAACAGCAGUAAAGGAAAAAGCAGGAACUACCCUUAGAAUUCAUAGUGGAAGUUCAGCAUCUCUGGAAACAGCAGAGCCUCCUGCAGCUGAAACACCAGUUACUCAAGCAGAAGAUUCUCUGGCCCAAAGCUCUUCUGAGAAUAUUCCUUCUUCUCCUUCAUCUGGAUCUCGUGGCAUGCUGUCAGCUAUCACUAGUGCUGUACAAAACACAGGGAAAAGUGUAUUAUCUGGAGGUUUAGAUGCUUUGGAAUUUAUUGGGAAGACAACCAUGAAUGUCCUUGCAGAAAGCGAUCCUGGAUUUAAGAGAACCAAAACACUGAUGGCAAGAACAGUCUCACUGUCUCAGCUGUUGAGAGAAGCCAAAGAAAAAGAGAAACAGAGGCGGGCCCAGCAAGUUACAGUUGAAAGAACAGCACAUUAUGGACUACUUUUUGAUGAAUUCCAAGGUUUAUCUCAUCUUGAAGCUCUGGAAAUCCUGUCAAAUGAAAGUGAAGCUCAGAUUCAGUCACAUUUAGCAACACUUGAUGGAGAACAAUUGGAGACUAUGAAAAAUGAUUUAAUUGCUAUAAAAGAGGUCUUUGUUCCAAAGGAAUUAGAUGAUGAAGUGGUGCAGGUGCAAAAAGCAGAUACAGGAGAAGAGUUUGUCAGCAUGCUCACAGAACUGCUAUUUGAAUUGCAUGUUGCUGCUACUCCUGACAAGCUAAAUAAGGCUAGAAAAAAAGCUCAUGAAUGGCUGGAAGAAGCCAGUUUGUCCACCCCAGUAGACAUAGAGGAGGAGCUAAAUGAAAAACCUGAAGAACCUGGUGAAGAAAAGACUCAAAAAGACAAUAAAAUUGAGAGUGAUAGAACAGAAGUAGACAAAAGCAAAACUGUGGAGGAAAUCUACAUGCUGUCCAUUGAAAGUCUGGCUGAGGUAACUGCUCGUUGUAUUGAGCAGCUUCAUAAAGUAGCAGAAUUAAUUCUACAUGGGCAGGAAGUAGAAAAAACAGCUCAAGAUCAAGCAAAAGUGCUGACAAAUUUAACAAGUGCCAUGUGCAAUGAAGUUUCAUCUUUAUCAAAGAAGUUUUCUGAUUCUGUAACAGCAGCUGGGAGCAAUAUGAAGGCAGAGGUUCUUAACCCCAUCAUCAACAGUGUUCUGUUAGAGGGCUGCAACAGUACUACUUAUAUUCAGGAUGCUUUCCAGUUACUGCUUCCAGUUCUGCAAAUUUCCCAUAUCCAGAACAGUUGUUCCAAAGCCCAGGAGUUGUCAGCUUGACAGCAACUGAAGUCUUGAGUUGUGCCAAGAGAAGAGCUGGUACAAGACAUGUCUGGCCACUAGAGUUCUCUGAAGACACUAAAUGCGGUUUUGCACACACAGUACUGACCAUUUUAAAACUCUUUCAGACUUUAAGACUUUAGAAGUAGUUAGUAAAAUGAGUCAUUUCUUUUCCAAUGCAGUUCAUGCUUUGCAUUAAUUUAAACAGAAGUUUAUUGAUAUUAGCAUUGCCUUAAAUACAGAUUCUAAAUGUUGUCCCUUUCAGUUGUAAACAACGUAUGAAACAAAUUGGAAUGUAAAGUCCUUUAAAACAUUUAACUUCAAACUACCAUCUAUAUUGUUUGUAUUAUAACUGCAGUUUAAAAAGUAUAUUUCAGAAGAUGGUUUCAGUAUUUAAUUUUUGCCAACAUGAACAAAUUAUCAUAGUGUUGAACUUGUUAGGUAUUAUUUCCAGUAGCAAAUAAUAACAUCAUUUUAAUAUGUGCCACUAACAUAACACUUUGUAUUGAAGGAGUUGCACAGCAAUAGGUAUUAACUUUACUAAGUGAAAAUUAUGGAGGUUAUGCAUAAAGAAUUAUACUGAAAAGAAAUUUUUAUGAGCCCGUUAAGAUUACGGGUAUAGCUCUGUAUUUGCUGACCCAUAAGUUUAUAUUAAUUUAGGUCUAUUUCAUCAUUUCAACGAUUGAACAAAACAGGAGACAAAAGUAAUCUUUUUUAACAUGCAAGGGUAGAAAAUUUCCCUGUUGUUUGGCAAUUGAAACACCUGCUGAACAACCUUCUCUCAGAUAUAUUACUGGGUUAACACUUUGGGGUUUACUGAUACCUACUGUUCAGAAAUAGAAGUUGUAGCAAGAAGUUAUGAAAGAAUUGCUUUGGCUGUGGAGGUCAUCUGUCAGAGCAAUCAUCUUUUUUCUGAGGCAAUAGUUAGAGCAUAAGCAAGCAGUAGGAAUGAUAUUUCAUAACAACACUAUCAACCAUGCUAAUUUGUCCCUAUCUUUAGUUUAAAAUACUGAGUUUUAGACCUAAGAAUUUGUUUAGGCUAGUUUACCUGUUAGACAGGAAGAACCUUCCAAUAUUUUACAUAGCCUGUUUUUUUGAAUUGUUGUCAUUUAUUAUGUUUCUUUCCAUUAUUUUGUAUUUUUCUCUCUUGGUAUACCCAUUAAUUGUAUUUAAAUGCUAAUUUUUACAGUUAACAUUUUAAUACUUUUAAGCAUAGUUCAUACAUCAUAAAAAUACUGAAAUAGUGCAUGAGGUAGUUUCUGUGUUUGAUAGAAAAGUGAAACCAUGUAUAUACUUUGUACAUGAUAACUUCUUUGAGUCCAAAUAAGGGAACAGAAAGGUCUUUUUGUGUUUUACACUGUUGUGGUCCCUGUUCUGCUGUCACACUCACGGUGACUUGUCCAUUUUUUAUUAUUUUCCCUAUUCCUGAAAUAAGGUUUAUUACACAAAAUCUAUUUUCUGGCACCCUGUAAUUUAACAGACAUAGAGAUAUCUUUCUGGGUAGGUAGAAGAUAUACAGUCUUCAAGUUUAUUUGUACAGGCUGAAUAUAAUAUCAGAAGUCUCAGGGCAUAGUUUUUGAAAUCAUUGAGGGGCAUUCUGAAGAUAAAGAUUGCUUAUCUGAGAUACUCCUUACUAGAGGUUUCAUUGUCUUGCUGAAAUUAUGCAGUUAUGAAUAAAUUACCCUGAAGUGUACCCUUACUUAUAUAAGAAUACCUUACCCUGAAGUAAAAGAAGCUAUAAAAAGUAACAUGGAGACUUAAAGUAUUUACAUCCACACAAUAUAGGAAGGGGAACAGGGCAGUAUGUAAGCAUAGGGAUACUCCCAUCUGAUCUUAGAUUCAGCUAUCUUGUCCUAGGAAAACUGAAUGUCAUAUAAUUUUAAAUCAAUUUUAGGUAAAUAAUAUUUCAGUAGAAGAGUACUGCAUGGAUGUAGCCAGAAUAUUUUGUUUACACUGAUUUGUAUUUUUCCACCAGUCAAAUAAAUAAUUUGAGAUACUGAACUGAGACAGUACACUAAAAGGGAGUGGUUUGAAGAAUAAUGUGAUGGGAGUAUAUUCUCAGUGAAGUAAUUUACUUUCUGAUUUUUCAAUUUACCUUUGGAAUUAUGAGUGGGAUUUUACUGGGAGACUUACAAAAACAGAUGUUGCCUUAAACUUUCAAUGGAGCGUGUUCUUCCUUUCAUCACACCCUUUUCCAGGUUGGUACACUGUGCCUUGGCACUUGGCAAACUACUAGGUUUUAAGUAUAUAUGAAAAUUACCCGUUUUCUUGAGCAGAUGUGUUUUCCAUGGCAUUCCGUUCACUUUGGAGCACACCCACCCUAUUAUGCAGCGACAAAGGAGGCAGGCUUGUGCACUAAGUUCAGAAUUUGUCAGGAUGAAACUUAAAACAAUGGCAAAAAUACCUACAGCCUUGCAGAUGAUCUGUAGUUACAGGUCAUCCCUGAAGAACAAGCUGGACUUAGACUGUUAAAGAAGUAAUUUACUGCAUAUUAAGGAUAUUGACUUAUUUUUUUCUUGGGUUUGGGGUUUUUUCAGGGUAAAUAAACCAAAGCAAGCUGUAA